ACAAGAGUUACUUCAGAUUUACUUCAGAUUUAAAGGCUUCUUAAACAUCUAGGAAGUAUUGCUAUCUGAUCAGGGCAGAUAGCACUGCCCUCAUCGUUCUGGUACUCAACAGAGUGAUGAGCAGAUGGUGCCUUCACUUCCACCUGCUUCUUCCUCCACAUUCCUUAGCUUUCUAAUUUCAAGAGACCUCCAGAAUCAACAGAGAUGAUAAGUCAGAGACAGUCCACCACAAAGGCAUCCCCUCUCUUAUUUUGCUCGAUUCGCUGGCUGAGACCACUUGAAAGGCUUUUGCUGCUGAUUCCUGCACAGACACUCCUGGGAGAUGGAGACUGUGGUCUCUGGAGAGGGUUCUUAGGCUCGGGAGAAGUCCCUCCACCACAGCUUGUGUUUACUAAAUCCAGGAACACAAUGUCAGAGACCUGUUUUUCAUAAAGUCUUUCUGAAACAGCUCAGUUUAAAAUGCAAGUUCCUUUCCUGCCUGCUGAAUGGUAAUACUGUAUUUAACUCCAGGCUGCUUUGGUUCAAUGGCAGGCACAAUUCGAGUACACUUCUCUUUCCCCAAAUCAGACCUGUAGCUUUUCUGCUUUUCUGUAGAAUUAGUAACCUGAGAAUUCCAUUUUAUUUGGUCUGAACCAUGAGAUUCUCUGGUAGCCUUCCACUGCCACAGGAAGUAGGACAGCAAAAUAAGGCAAAAGUUUCUGUUCCAGUGGAUUCAUUUCUCUUUGACCUAAUCAGAAAUGAGAUGAUAAAACAGCUCCCCAUAAUGGCAGAAGCAGUACAAUGUAUCCGUGCGGAAGGUCUUAAGACAGCUGUUCUGAGCAACAGCUUCUGUCUGCUGAAUGAAGAGAGCGUUCUGCCCCUAGACCGAAAGCAGUUUGAUGUGAUAGUUGAAUCUUGCCAUGAGGGAAUAUUCAAGCCGGAUCCUCGUAUCUACAAGCUCUGCUUGGAGCGCUUGGGUGUUCAACCCCAGGAAUCCAUCUUCCUUGAUGACAUCAGCCAGAACCUAAAGGCAGCAGCCCAACUUGGCAUUAAAACAGUGAAGGUUGAUGAUACAGAAGUAGCUCUCAAAGAACUGGAAACCUAUCUGGGUUUUCCUUUGCAAGGGUUUGUUCCAUAUACUCGUUCAGUGAGACCAGCCAUGGGGAUCCCCAAAAAUCGUCUCCAAAAGUACCUUGAAAAUGCCUUCAGUGGCCAGGCAACAGGUCCAUUGAUGGUACGGCAGUUUGACCAUGGACAGCCUACCCUGACCUACUAUAUCAAGUUUGGAGAUAGAUCACUAGUGCUGAAGAAGGAGUCCUCUAAUGAUCUGCUUCCCACAGGCCCUGCUGUCACCAAGGAAUACAGGAUACUGAAGGCUCUCUCUGAGGCUGGUGUUCCUGUUCCCGCUGUACUUGCUCUCUGUGAGGACAGAAGCACCCUUGGCACACCUUUCUACCUGAUGGAGCAUUGUGCUGGCCAAGUCUACAGGGACGUCUCCCUCCCCGGGCUGCAGCCUAGCCAGAGGAGGGCUAUUUAUGCUGCCAUGAGUCAGGUGCUCUCCAAGAUCCACAGCGUAGACCUCAGAGCAGCCAAACUGGAGGACUAUGGGGAGCAUGGUAAUUACAUUCAGCGGCAAGUUCAGAUCUGGACAAAGCAGUAUCAAACUAUGGAAACUCAUGUUAUCCCAGCCAUGGAGCGACUCAUUGAGUGGCUGCCUCUGCACUUCCCUGAAUCCCAGAAGACGACGGUGAUACACGGUGAUUUCAGGCUGGAUAACCUGAUUUUUCAUCCAGAGAGGCCAGAAGUCCUUGCUGUCCUUGGCUGGAAGCUUUCAACUCUAGGAGAUCCCAUCUCUGAUGUGGCAAAUAACUGCAUGGCCUACUUCCUGCCACCUCACUUUGAUACACUGAGAGGCUUGCAAAAGUGUGAUCUGAGGCAUCUAGGAAUCCCCACAGCCGAGGAGUAUUCCCAGAUGUACUGGGACCACAUGGGAAUAGAGCGCCCCAAGAACUGGAAUUUCUACAUGGCCUUUGCCUUUUUCCGACUGGCUGUGAUGCUGCAGGGACUCCACAAACACUCUCUGGCAGGCCAUGCGAGGCCAGUCCCAGGUGAAAGUUGCCAGGAGCGUGCAGAGUUCGUGGCUGACCUGGCUUGGGAUUUUGCUACAAAAGAAGGAUUCCGUGUGUUUAACGGCCUCCCCACCUCAAAGCCUUUCAUACGACCUUACAGUACAUGGGCCAGGCUUGGACCAUUCUUCGUCAGGAGCUAUGUUACCCUGCCACAUCCUGGGGUAGCUCACGUGCUCAAAGUCCCUCUGAUGGUUUCCCCCACUGGCCUGUUGGGGGCAGACCAGGGUCUUUACUGCAAGCUGGAAAGGGUCAUGAAUGUCCAGAGGGGUCACCAGAUUUCCUGGCACAGACGGACUCUACAUUCUCUUCUUGAAAAACCUAAGGCAAAAAAACCAGCAAGAACCUGCAUUUCAGGCUACUUAACAGCUGACCACCUAAGAAAGCUGAAAAGGAGGUGAACAGCACCUCUAGGGAACCUAGAGGUGUUGAACUGAGCAGACCUCAUCCUCUCUCUUCUUCCUAACUCUCUUCCUCAGACCUAGGAGAGAGUCAGCACAUCUCUGAAUGCCAGGAUUGCCACACUCUCUCUGCUCCAUGCCCAGGGCUUGUGGUGGAGACACUGCUCUUUGUCUGGGGGAGCAGACAGCCCCUCAUCCCUGCCAUCGCUCCUUCUAUCCCACUCUCUUUCCCUUAACGUGAUCCCUGCAUUGCCAACCUUUGCUGUGAUAGCAUGUUGUGAAGGCCAGCAGAGGAGUAGUGCUGCCUGUGGAGGAAAGAUAAUGCAGUGAAACAAUGAACAGCUCUGCAGUCCUGGCUUGGGACUGUCACAGCGCUCAUACGCUGGGCAAGGGCAAGCCUUCCUCAUGCCAGCUGGCACUGCAGACACCAAGGCUCUUCCCAGCUGCAGCUGCUAGAAAGGCUCCAGUCAGUGGCAGGAGUUGUUGAAUCAGGCCAUCAAGGGCUCUGACUUCAGGGGAAACUCUGAAGCUAAGGCAGUACCUGACUCCCUGGAGCUGGGAGGAACUCAGAAGACCCCCUUUGCCCCAUGACUGCAGUGGAUAUCUCUGGGGACCAGCGGUGAUGUGGACCAGAUCAUCAGCAGAAACAGAAUCAUGGGCAUGAUUGUGAUAAUUCCCGGGCUCUUUGUUUGUAGUGUGGCAUUAAUGCAAUAUUAAAGUGAUGGCCCUGC